UGGCGAUACUGCUACCAGAUGUUUGCACUGUCGAAAAUGACAAGUCAAUUUUUUUUUGUGUAUGUCAGCAUUUUAGGAGCCAAAUAGUACUGUCCUAUUUCUAGUUGAACUGUUCACUGUAAAAUCCGGGCGCUUUAACUAACAUUGUUUUUCAUACCAGUUUCUGAUCGAGGUCCUUUUUCUGUUAAUCAAUUAUUUUUUAUAAUGAACCCCGAAAAUGAUACAGAACCCCAACCCCAAAGGGGGAUCAACUUCGAUGCCCUUAAAGCCCAUGUUAUAGCGCACAAAAUCGACUGUGGGCUUUGGGCUAUGCGAAUCCUGGUAAUAGCUUUCUCCAUUGGAUAUUUCAUACCUAUUUUCGGACAAUCACAAAGUGCGUACUACAAAGUCCUCAUCGCCAAUGCAGCAAUCAGCGCCUUGCGGCUGCAUCAGCGCUUGGGAAGAGUCGAGUUUUCAAGGACUUUUCUCUAUGCCCUCAUUUUAGAGGAUAGUGGCCAUUACUUGUUCUACUCGCUGAUAUUCAUCUAUGUAGCUCCAGUGACUUUGGCUCUGGCACCAGUAGUGCUAUUCGCCAUCCUACACGCUUCAAGUUAUUCAUUGACACUGUUAGAUACCUUAGGCCAAAAUUCAUGGUGGGGCUGUCGAUUGCUUAUAUCGCUGGUCGAAUUCCAAUCGCUUAACAUUUUAAGAUUGGUUUCAUUGAGUGAAAUCAUGCUGAUGCCCUACACAGUGAUUUUGUCCUUCUCUGGCAAGGCCGGCCUCCUGACCCCGUUCAUCUACUACAAGUUUUUGUACCAACGCUACACAUCCAGAAGGAAUCCGUACACAAGAAACAUGUUCCACGAGUUGAGACUGAAGUGCGAAAACCUCGCCAGCCGACCGAAUGUGCCUCGGUUUAUCAAAUCAUUGGUUACAGACACUAUCGCUUUCAUAUCGAAACUUUCGCCCCCUGUACAGGCACAGACGCCUCCCGCUCAGCAAUAGGAGCAAGUUUAAUUUUAUGUGCGAAUUGCGGUUGUUUAAAUCCGUCUUGAUUUAGGUUAUUUUUAAUCAUUUUAUUGGAGAGGCACUAAUCUUUUUGUAGUUCCCAUGCGAUUGCUCAGACUUUUAUUCAAAUCCGCUGGCGCACAUACCAAGCAAAACCUAAAUGAAUUGAGAGAAUACGAUAUUGUUACAUUUUUGUACCACUUUGUAUCGUAGCAUUAAAACAAAUUUUUCUGGUUUGGUUUGGCAGCUGUUUGUGGCUAAGCAGAUAGUUUCUAGAUCACUUAAAAAAAUUAUUAUGACUUCGCAGCGACCCUGAUAUACAUCUUAAUUGCGCUGUAGCAUUUACGCCAUUGGACGCGCCAAAUGGCUGUGAUAUUCUGCAGGGUGAUUUUGCGCUAGAUAUGCCCUCUUUUCACUUCACGAUUUCGAAGUGGGCCGUUGGUAGUUUAUAAAUAAAACGUAAUUUUUCUGUUUUGAUUAGAGACUUCUUGGUCACUUCUGUUUUUAUGCCUGAGUGUGCAGAAAAAAUGCCCGAUCUGGUUUUCUGCAAUUUGGCAAAGGAAAUGUUUUUUUAAUUAUCUGCGUAAAAUAUGGACUUUUUAUGAAUUAUCUGGUCUGUAUGCAUUUUUAGUCAUAAAAUCAGCUAAACAAUGACUUUUUGUAGUAACACUGUAUUUCUAAAUGUGUAUUCUCGGUAUUCAUUGACUAGAAAAUGCCAUGCGAACAAUCAAUUGUGCACAUUUUAAUAAUUUUUUGCAGCCAUACUGCAUAAUGCAAUGUGUGUAGGUGAUUAGUUAGGCCCUUAAAACACAAAUUCAAAAUUUUGGCGUAUUUACAGGUUUUACCUUUUUACAAAACCGAAUCAUUUUUUCCACAUUCAGUAAUAAAUCUACUCACUUAUACACACACAUAACAACUUUUAAAUUCUUUGCAUAUGUUCAUGUUAACUCGAUAUAGCAUUCCGUAGUAAUUCCUAUAAUGUUAAGAAAAAAGGAUGAGGACUCAGUUUGAUGGUAUUAUUAACACACAUUUAUUGGUGAUUUAUUUUUUAAUAAAAUUAUUGUUUAUUUA